GGGAGCUCACUUGCGACGAUUCCGUGGAAAUUCGGCCACUCGAUGCUGCGAGUUUUCGUGGAAAACGUAAAGAAUCUGCUGACGACGAAAGUUCUGAGUCAGAGGUUUUAUGAACGCAACAUAAAGGGUGAAUGUUUUGUUCACUGCCGUGUGAUGUGUACGAGGCCUUAAGCAAACUUGUUCGACGUGGGCGCAGCGGACGUGUUUCGGAAUUUUCUGAUUAAACACGAGAUUUUUGAGUAAAUAAAGCAUUCCAAAACCCGGUAAGGAACGGUUUUAUUAAGUGAAAAUGCAACUACUUACGCCCGUUGUGCGGAAUUGAAGAACGGGUUGUUUUCCUGAGGCUGAUUGAUAAGGCAGCGAUAAGUUAGUGAACAUGCGUACUCCUUCCAUCAUGUUCCGCCGGUCCAUCGAUCUUCAUUUAUCGCUAUCGGUCCUGUGGUUUGGAUUCUACUACUUGGCCGUUGUUGCAGCUCGGCUCAACCUGCCGGAUAACGGUACCGAUUCACGGUUGAGCGAUCAUGAGUUCACCUACGUUUCCAGCUGGCCUAUAGUGGAUCGUAAGCUGGGAUCCGUCUCAGCUGUGGCCAUUAACGGGGACGGCAAUGUGGUAAUUUUGCACAGAGGAUCACACGUUUGGAAUAUUGCGACGUUCGAUGUGAAGAACAACUAUCUAAACGCAACAGGAGGUCCCAUCGCCGAACGGACCGUACUAACGUUCGAUCAUAGCAGCGGCAAGUUACUGAACGAGUGGGGAGAAGAUUUGUUCUAUAUGCCCCACGGACUGACGAUCGAUCAUGAGCAAAACUACUGGAUCACGGAUGUGGCUCUGCAUCAGGUGUUAAAGUUUAACGUGAAUCAGUCAACGAAAGCACCCGUGCUGACGCUGGGACAACGGUUUGAACCCGGGAAUGAUUUCUCCCAUUUCUGCAAACCUACAUCGGUGGCCGUACUACCUAGUGGAGAGUUUUUCGUCGCCGAUGGCUACUGUAACGGACGAGUUAUCAAGUAUACGGCGGAAGGAGUACCGAUACUGUCCUGGGGGCGCAAUUCGUUCAUUUUGACCCGUACCUUCAAUCUGCCCCCUGGACCAGUUCCGACUAGUUUCUUCGCUAUACCACAUGCUCUUACUUUAGUCCCUAAGCAGGAUUUAGUUUGUGUGGCCGACCGGGAGCAGGGUCGUGUUCAGUGUUUCCACACAGCGAACGGUACCUUUCAUUCACAGUUCAGUAGCGAUGAGAUCGGAACACGGUUGUUCAGCGUAAAGUACAUCGAGUACGAUGGAUCGGACCUUCUGUACAUCAUUAAUGGGCCGCAAUUCACCAUCGAUUCUAAACCGAUAGUGGGAUUCAUCUUCGAAAUGCUUGCCAACCGUGUAGUGGGACAUUUUCGCCCAGAGAAUGCUCUGCAUGCGUUCAGCAAUCCACACGAGCUUGCCGUAUCGGACGAUGGAGCGGAGGUGUAUGUCGCAGAAUUGAAUCCUCAAAUGGUGCACAAAUUCCGGAGAGUCACGCGCCAUACUGAAGAUGUUCGGUCUUCAACCGUGCUCAAGCAACCUCCUGAAGAGCUUCCAACAGCUGCCCCAAAGAAAAUGGAGGAUGCUGUACAGAUGAGGCCGAUAAAUAUGAAGGAUAGUAGUGAUAGUCGUGCUCUUACGAUUGGCACAAUUGAAAUAUUUUCCAUCGUCAGCACUUUACUCGCAACUGCGUUCCUAGUACUGUUGAUGUCUCGCAUAUUUUGCUUCCGUCCUAGUACUGGUGCGUCGGAUCGAACCGAUCAGUUCACUCUGGUGGGCUUGCAGGACCGAGACGACGAUAUCUAGACGUUUAACAUUCCAGCACACUGCAAUAUCAACAACUGAUCUGUGAUCUCAACAGACCGUAAGAGGGCCUUAUAACUUAUUGAUCAUUCCUUCCAACGCGAGAGAUAUUUUAUAAAGCAAAACGUCCGUUUAUAUUUAAAUAUACAAUGCUGGAAGCACGAAAUAAUACCACAA